AUGACCUCAACAACCAUGCCCAUCAUCCCCAUGGACAACUACACCUUCUCCACGCCCGCCCGGCCCCUAACAUGGCUCAUAACAGGCUGCUCCUCAGGCUUCGGCCUCGCCAUCGCACGGCACGCCCAGGCAAACGGGCACAAGGUGAUCGCGACGUCGCGCAGCCCAGCCAGGACCCCCGAGCUGGUGCGGGAGGUCGAGGCCAACGGCGGGCGCUGGCUGCCGCUCGACCUGGACGACUGGGGCAAUGCGGGCGUCAUCGACGGCCUGGAGGCAGGGGGCACGGCGGUCGACGUGCUCGUCAACAACGCGGGCGCCGCCCUGCUCCAGGCGGCCGAGAUCGUCACCGAGGACGAGGCGCGCGCGCAGUUCGAGACGGUCUUCUUUGGGCCGUACAGGCUGACCAGGGCGGCGCUGCCGCACAUGCGCAGGCGGCGCUUCGGGGUCAUCGUCAACAUCAGCACCGGGGCGAGCCUGGAGGGGCGGGAGAGCAUGGGGGUCUACUCCGCGUCCAAGGCUGCUUUCGAUGGACUCACAAAAGUUCUAGCUAAGGAAGUUGCAGAAUUCAACGUGCGCACUCUCACUGUAUAUCUGGGUGGAUUCAACACAGCUUUCUCCUCGUCCCUUGGAACUGGUAAAGUGUCGCUGGGUGAAGAUUAUGACGGAACAGCUGUCGGCAAGGCUCUGGAGUUUAUGCACGGAGGCAAGUAUGUUCCAGAUGGGGACACGUCGAAAGGAGCCAAGGUAGUUUAUGAGGUAGUCACGGGUGAGGGACUCGGGACAGGUAAGGAGGGGGAGCCGAACCUCCCCCUAGGUCGCGAUAUUGAGGCUCGUGUCAAUCUGGUACGCAAUCGCAUGGAUCACUGCUGGAAGGUCUUUGGUGAUGCUGCUACCAAUGUCCAUGUUUGA